ACCAUUUUUUGUCAUUUUCUUGAAAAAUCUCCCAACUCUAAAAAAUUUGAGGGUUCCAUAGCACUUUUACCAAUCUACGAGGACUCAACACAAGCUCCCGUUCCCAACAUGGAGGAAGAAGGAAGUGGAAUCCGGCUAAGCAAGAGAUUUUCCGACAAAGGAGGAGAAGUUGAUUACAAAACUAAAGCUGGUACUGCAUGGUCUCACUCUUUCCUUAAUCAGAAACCUUGGCAUCCUCUCUCUUACCCAAAUCAACGUCGCAAAUGGAUUGCUGAACAGACUCAUGCUCAGAGAGAAUUACGAGCUGAGGAAAUUGCCCGCGAGUAUGCUCAAGAACAGGAGUUUUUCCGUCAGACUGCUCUCGUCUCCAAGAAAGAGAAAGAAAAGAUGGAGAUGAUGAAAGCUGUGAGCUUUAUGUAUGUGCGACCGCCUGGUUACAAUCCAGAAAGUGCCAAAGCUGCGGAGAUUGCUGACGAAGCAAAAAAUCAGGGGCAGGGGCAUGACAACACUUCUCAAGCCACAUCUGCAGCAGGGGCCUCCACUUCUGGGAGACCUGAAGUGCCACCUGGUCAGGAGAAAAAAAAACCAAGGGCAAAGGAUAUUUAUGGUCGUCCUUUGCCAACAGAAGAAGAAUUUGAAGUGCUUAAAAAUGCUCCAAGGCUGGAAACAGGUGUUGUCGGAAGGGCCAAGCCUUUUGGAAUUGAGAUACGUAAUGUCAAAUGCGUCAGGUGUGGAACGUUUGGCCAUCAGAGUGGUGAUCGGGAAUGCCCAUUGAAAGAUGCUAUAAUGCCAAAUGAAGAGAGUCGAAUAAAAAGAGAUGAUCCUUUAACUGCUAUCCUGGCUCAGACAGAUGCUUCUGAGCCUUUGAAGUGGGAGCUCAAACAAAAGCCUGGAAUCAGUCCUCCACGUGGUGGGUUCGAACUUGACGACCCUAACCAACAGAUAGUUGCCGAGGACAUAUUUGAUGAGUACGGAGGAUUUCUUACUGGAGAUAUUGUACCUGAUUUGCUGGCUAGCUUAUCAAGCAAACCAAAGAAGAAAAAGAAGUCCAGUAAAAAAAAUACCAGAAAGCGGUCUUCACCAGGUAGGACUGAUUUACAUGAUGAUAAAGAAAUUAGUUCAUCUUCGGAUGAUGAUAGAGAAAGAACACUGAAGAAGAAAAAACACAAGAAGUCUGAGGAUUCUGAUAGGCAUCAGAGACGGAGUAACAGACAGAGACAUCCACGGUCAAGUUGGGGAAAGCAUUCCGAGUCAAGUUCUGAGGAUGAUGAUAAUGACAGGCAUCAGAGGAGUAACAAACAGAGACGUCCACGGUCAAGUUCACCCGAGCCUGAAGAUAAGGAACACAGGAAGAAUAAACACCACCAUUAUCAUGACUCACAACACAAUGACUAUGAAAAGCGUCAGAAAAGGAGUAACAUACAUAGACAUUCACGGUCGAGUUCACCUGAGCCUGAAGAGAAGGAUCACAGGAAGAAGAAUCAUCACCUCCAGAAGGAUGAUGAUAAUGACAGGCAUCAGAAAAGAGAUUACAGAUUCAGACAUUCACAGUCAAGUUCACCCGAGCCUGAAAAUAAGGAACAGAGGAAAGAGAAUCACCGCCACCAUUAUCAUGACUCAAAGGACUAUGGUGAUGACAGGCAUCAGAAAAGGAGUAACAGACACGAGCGUUCACAGUCAAGGUCACCCGAGCCUGAAAAUAAGGAACACAGGAAGGAGAAUCAUCGCCACUAUUAUCAUGAUUUAAAGGAUAUCGAUAAUGACAGGCAGCAGAAAAGGAGCAAGAGAUAUGGACUUUCACGGUCAAAGUCACCCGAGCCUGAAAAUAAGGAACACAGGAAGGGGAAUCAUCGCCACCAUUAUUAUGACUCAAAGGAUGAUGAUAAUGACAGGCAUCAGAAAAGGAGUAACAGACGGACACGUUCACGGUCAAACUCACGCGAGCCUCUAAAUGGGGAACACAGGAAGGAGAAUCAUCUCCACCAUUAUCACGACCCAAAGGAUGAUGAUAAUGACACGCGUCGGAAAAGGAGCAACAGACACAGACGUUCAUGGUCACGUUCACCCAAGCCUGAAGAUAAGGAACACAGCAAGAAGAAUAAUUACCACCAAUAUCAUGACUCAGAAGACGAUAACAACAGGAAUCAGAAAAGGAGUAGCAGACACAGACGUUCACGGUCAGGUUCAGCUGAGCCUGAAGAUAAGGAAUACAGGAAGAAGAAUCAUCAGCGGCACAAUCGUUCUGAUUAUUGAUGACCCUUGAAGUUAUAGUAUCUAGGUGUGUCCUAUGAAGGAGCCCUAGGGUCCACUUGUGACGCAAAACAGGUAAAGGAAGAAAUGGUUAGCCACUUAAAACCAGUGAAAAGAAAGUGAUCAGUCCAAUCAUGGAGUUGGCUUCAUGCACCUUUGUCAAUCUUGUAUGGCUAUCAAAUUUGGGGUCCUUUGGCUUAGUUUUAUGGUUACCAGCCUUUCUGUUUUUCUCUAUUGGUGUGGUGAAUGCAAAUUAUGAAUGCAGGGGGGUGUGGUUCUACCUACAGAAGUAAAUGUUAACGUGAUCAAAUUUUUGUUUCAUUUUGCAAAAAAUUCUCCAUUUGAGAUUUUCAAGUGUUUCUUUCAGUUGUAAAACGUUCAGAAAUGCAUUAUGAUCUUUAUCGGC